AUGAGUGGGCCAGAGAUUUCCAAUGAUAAUUUUGAGGACUUUUUGUUGAGUAACCAAUUUUAUGUGGGACCGUCGAAUUCCCGGAACCAUAUCGCCAACUUGAGAAAGUCUGUACAAAUACCAAAUUCUAUAUCGAAUACAUCGAUACAUGCUGGGUUAACGAACGAUCAGAUAAAUGCAAACCAGCAAAGAACUAGCAUUAUGAAGGUGUCUCCUUCGAUGAAAGCAUUGGAAAGCAUUCUUUCGGAAAAAAAUAAUUCGGCACCGGCUAUGACUUCAGAUAAGAUUGAAGAGGAAGAUGAGGAACAAGCACAGUUUCCACUUAAUUCGGGGUUAUCUGUAAAUUAUACCAACGAAGAUCCAAAUCGAGGAUCGACGUACUCUGUGCAAACUUUUGAAACGGCUCAUUCUGAUAACUCAUUCAGCGAUACUAUAAAUAUGAAUACUAACGAGUCAAUUCAUAAAAGCCAAAAGUCUAUGAGUACGAUUGAUGAUGGAUAUAAUACUAACGAUGAUACACCGGUUCUUGUGAACCCGGCACAAUUCCAAACAUUUACCCAGGUCAACGGAUCUAACAAAAACUCGAUACAUCCAAUAAGGGUUGUACAUGAAUCUUCAGUAGAAGAUUUAGACGGACAAUCGACAGAUGUAUCCAACGGAUCAUUAGAUAAUAGAGAUAUCGAACAGGAUGAUACAUUAGUAGGAAACGAAGGAGUACUUAAAGGUCAAUAUGAACAGCAGCAACAAAAAUUCAAACAGAAGCAAAAGGAUUUACUUGAAGAACUGCGAAUUCAAAGACAAUUAGAGCAAAAGCAACGCGAGAUACAAGAAUUAAAAAAACAAAGGGAGGCACAAGAGCAAAGGAAACAGAAGGAAUUGCUUGAACUUGAACAGAGUAAGAAAUACCAACACCAGCAAGAAGCUUCAAAUCAGGUUUCAAGUAUGUUACUUCCUGAAACAGGCAAGACCGUAAAGAAACAGGCUACAAGACGACAAGAAACAGAUUCGUCUAUUAAUACCACUACCGCUAAUCCUGAACCAUUAAAGAAAUCACCUCAUACUAGAUCUAACUCAACAUUUUCUUUGUCAUUUACAAAGAACAAAGAGCAACCCCCAUUACCAGGAAAGCAUAAGAGAAGCAGCACAUUUAGCGAUUUAUCCGCAGUUUCUAAAGGUACGCAGAAUCCCUCUACCGCAAAGAAAUUUAGUUUUAAAAACUUAUUUAAAUCUAAAUCGAAAGCUACUAAGAAUCAGGAUGAUGAUCUAGUAUCCAAGCCCAGAAAGUUGAGUUCAAAGUCCUAUUCAAGUUCAAAUAUUGUAAGUCACAGCGAUGAUACAAAUACCUCAGAAGGAUGGAAAAAGUUUUCGACGUACAACAAAAAUAAAGGCAGUGAAAAAAUGGUGUCAGGAUCGUACGAUAAACAAUCUCCGUUGCCUGAACCACCGAAACAAGAGAGGCCACCACACAAACCUUCAAUGUCUUCAAGUACUUCACUCUUAAGUGUUUUCAAGAAGGAUAAAGCAUUCGACAAUUCAUCAAAGCUGGUUAAAUCAGAAAACCAAGAACAAGCGUCAAAGAAGGCGAAACCUAAUCAAAAUGAUGCGGAAACAGAAGUUACUUCAACUCCUAAUCUCUUGAACAAGGAACCAUCCAAUCCAAUCCAUAAUGCAAACUUUAUCAGGGAAGUUAAUGACGAUGACUAUAAUCCAAAUACAAAAUACCCUACACCAAUAAUUACUGAAAGCAAUUACGAUGACAAUAAAAAGGACUAUUAUAAUGAUAAUAUGGUUGGUAAUUCCCAAGAAUUUAAGUCUACGGAGAUUGAUACCAAUAAUAAUGAAUUAUUAAUGCCAGAGGGUGAUGCUUUGUUGAAUAAUGAUAGCUUGUUUGGAUCACCAUUUAAAGUUGAUUACAAGUCUUCAACAAAUACUCCUAAAUUAGAAGCUUCUCAUGAUAAAUUAUCAACCCUAAGCGAAGAAGAAAAACCGAAGGCUAAAUCUGAUGUUAGUGAUCAAUUAUUAGGUGAGACUCUUUUUCCUAAGUCAUUGAGUGCACAAGAAGUGGAAAGUAUCGUUUCUUUAGAAAGAUCAAGAUCUAUGAGAUCAAUAAAAUCAAAUAAGAGAAAUUCAUUCGUAAACUACGAUGGCAGUGAUGAUAAUAUUAUUCAAUAUGAUGGCACUAGAGCAAGUUCUCCAAACUUAGAUACAGCUACUAUGAGCAGAUCGAAUAGUAUUCUCAAGAAUUCUAACUCGAAAAGGAACUUGAAUGUUGAGAACAUGAAUUCAAUCAAUGCGCAGAUGUUUAAUGAUGAAUCCAUGGACAAUUAUGAUGAUCUCAUCGAAUUUACAGAUUAUAUUGAUCUUGAUAAUUUGGAUUUCUCUAUUUCUCCGAAGGAAAUUGCUGAGAAGUCGCCAGUAAUCAUGUCUUCAUCUCCUUCUUUACUUUCGGAUAAAUUUGAUCAAUUUCAGCAAAAGAAUCAACAACAGCUGAUAAAUGAAAAUGAUCAAAACCAACUCAACAGCACGUCAGACAAAGAGUUUGACACUAGUUCUAUCCAAGAAAUUCCUCCUCCAGUAGGGUAUUUGAAAUCUUCAGACGCUCCGCCUAUUAUUUUAAAUACACCGCCUCCAAGUCAAGAUGAUGAUCCUAAGCAGCAAAUACUCUUAUCACAAGUAGAAGAAGAGCAAGCAAACGUUCCAGUUGAAAAGAUUGAUUCUAGUGAACCUGUUAAGGGUCCUUUAACACCAAAUUUGGAAAUCAUUAGUGCAAAUCAAAUUCCCGAAUCUCCAGAAUCAAUAAACGAUUUGGCUGAAUCAAAUAAUUUUAUUGAAAAGUCGCCUAUAUUGGGGACAGCUUACCAGAAUUCACCUAUAAUAAAUGAGAACGGUAAAAAUGUCAUGAAUAAUAGGCCAAUAUCAAUGUCAUUCAGGGGAUUAAAAGGACCUUCUUUUGGUGGAAAGUUAGCAAUGCAUGAUUUGAGAAGUUCAGAUUCUCAUCAAUCAUUCAACAUGUCCUUUGGAGAUGAUGAAGAAGAUGAGGAAAACGAAGCACCAACUUCAGAAGUAGGAGGUGGAUUUGGAUCAAGCGAUGAAGAGGACAAUGAUUCCCUCGACAGAAUUGAAAACAAGGAAAAUGAUUACAGAAACCCAGUUGCACGUCAACAAAUAUCAUCGAAAUUUGGCCAGGAGAAUAACUUCUCACAAUUGGCUCCUCCUAAUCCUUUACCAGUGUUUACCCAUAAUAAGAUACCACUGAUUUCAAGUAAUAGUUCAAGUCCGAAAUCAUUUAGUUCUAUGUUUUCUCGCAAACUUAAGAAAUCACCUCCUAUACAAAAUAAUGCAAGAGCAGCUAUUAUCAAGGAUGGGGUAAGAUUCUCAUCGAGAAUUAUUUUGUAUGAUACCUACAACUGCGACGAAUACGACAGACAUCCAGAUAAUGCUACAUGUAAUCAAUUAACUCCAGCGUUGGCUCAACAAAUAAAGGAUGAGUUGAAUGAAUUCAAAAGCGAAAUGUCAAUACAUGAGCAUUCUCGUUGUCACACACAUUUCUUCUAA